AUGGAACACUAUAAAACUAGGGAUUAAGAUAACAGAGUUAUGAGCCCGCUCAGAUGCUAAAACUAAUAAUUCUACAAUGAUAAUGCCAGCUUUAAAACCCGGAAAGAAUCAAUGAUAAAGCUUACUUCUUGUUAGAGAACAGAUGUGCCUGUAGGACGUAUGACUCCUCAAUAUAUUAGUGCUUCGAAAAUAUCAUUUGUUGGUAGCAGUGGUAACCAACAAGAGAAGAGACAGUUAAGAGAUAAUUAUAAUGAUACUUCUUUGCCUGAUUACUCAAGUGCGUGGAAGAAUAAGAGAGGAAGUGUAAACAGCCAAGACAAAGCUUCUGCUAACUUAAAAAAUUCUGAGCUCCCCAGUAGCAUCUAAAUUAUGAAAGAAAACAGAGAAAAAAUGCAAAUAAUGAGCAUUGAAAAACCCUUUAUUAUUAAGAAAAGCAAGAUCAAAAGAAUUCAAGAGGCAGCAAGCAAAAGUGGUAUGGGCAGUCCAAUGGCUUAAUCGCAGAGUAAAUUCAAGAAGUCAAUGCAAAACAGCCGGACAAAUAUUAGAAAAUAGAUACAUACUGAGAACAAUAGCCCUGUGAGAGCAUAGCUAGAUAAGAUGAAUGUUUUACUGCCAACUGUCAGCAAUUUCUAAGAUGAAAGUACUGGCCCAUGUAUUACUUGUCAAUAAAACGAAUGCAUCUGCUCUAAUAAUAUAUAGCAAUCCCGAAUCUUAAGAUCAAAAGCUUCAAAUAAGCGUAAUAAAUUCCACUAAUCUGCUAAAAGCUCUAUGAUUACUGAUGAAGACUUUACCGAGUCACAUUAAAGCUCUCAAAUUUUUAGAGACAAACUAGAUGGCAGUCCAGAAAGUGAUUAACUCGCAAUAAGAAAACGUAAAAACUAUCAAUCUUUUGAGAAGCAAAAUUUUACAAGUAACCUACCUAAAAAAUAAACCACAUAGAACUUUGAUGCAAUAAAAAAGCGAAACGCUCUUGGAGAUAAUGUGGAACCACCAUAAUCUGCCGGGAAUAAAUCAAAGUACUAGACUUAAAAUAAUCUCAAUGCUAUGAAUUAAUCGUCCACAUUUGAAACUACGAUUAAUAAUAAUCCUGCUAUCCUCGCAUUAUCAAAUAGACCUUAGCUAUCAUAAGAGCCACUUAGAAUGCAUAGUGCUAAUUUAAGCAAUUCACCACUUGAUGAGAGUAGUCACCAGAGAGAUAUAAUUUCAGAUUAGCAGUCUAACUAUAAUCAAAUCAAGAAUAAUUAAUAUGCCUCUGUUGAACAUGUCGCACACUUAUAGCAAGAAAUUGAAAGGUUAAAAUAAUUAGUAAAAACAAAGGAUAAAUAACCCAAUAAAUAAUACAAUAUUGCAGUAUAUAAGCCACAUGAUAACGAUAGUGCGUUUUUAAUCAGCAAAAUCGGAUGGUUGUCCCUAAUAGCUAGAUUAGGUUAUUAAUAUAAGAAAAUAGUAAAAAGGUUUUCCCUUCAAAGAAAGAUUCCACUGAUUCCCUAAAAAACCCUUUAAAUCAAAAUAGUGAGAGACCGAGUACUUCAGGCAAUAACAGCAGGUCUUCUUCUAUAUAAGGAAGUAGACCAAGGAAUUUCAUAAAACUCUCAUAUACUUAUGGAACAUGAUCCAAUAAAUGGUAGACUCGGGUUUUCAUACAAAGAACAGCAAAUAGAACUUGAUGAGGCCCAUUAUUAGCCUACUUUUAUUGCCCAAGAUAUAGAAGAGAUUAGAAAUAAUCCUGCUUCAAGGAAGGUUUUGAAAUAGUUUUAGCUAUUUUCUGGUGUGAGCCAUGUUGACCCAAUCACAGGAUAGAUUAAGUUGAACUAAUCUCAGGCAUAAGUGAAUGUCCCAACUUAUAAGCAUAUCAAAGAGUAAAAUAAUCUGACAUUUGAAAUCAAAGAUGCCCCAUCUGAGACUGAUAAUAAUUACUAAGUCAAAGCAGGAGCGAAAAAAUCAUCUAUAUCUAGUCUUACAGGUAUUAUAAAUGCUAACAAACUGCUAAAUAAAACUCCGAAAUAAACUGCAACAGCUAAGAUGAAUAAUGAUUUGAUAACUGUAUUCAAGAAUGAUACUAAAACUAAUGUAAAUUAAAGCCCUUCUAACUUAAACAUUCCUAAAAAGCUAUAAAAUGAUAAUUCUCCUAAAAUGACUUAGCCCUAAAUGCAAGCUAUCAGUAGUGAGUUGGAAAAGAAGUUCAAACUAGUUUAAACACCACCUCUGAAACCCUCAAGGAAAUCUGCUCUAAUUAACAGAUAAACAGUGCCUGUAAUUAAGAUCUAAAGAUCUAACAGCAACUCUUUUCUUUAGAAUUAGACUGAUAUUUAGUCUCUAUAGAGUCAAGUGAUGAAUGCUGCAAAUAAUAACAGACGUGACAGUGAGCAUCUCACAGUAUCAAAGAAUUUAGCAAAUAUCAAAAACUUUCGCAGAGAGUCUCAUGAGAGCAAUUAUCAUCAAAAGCUAUCUUUGACAUCAGUUCUAACUCCUAGCUUUGCAAAGAAUUAAGCUGACACUCCUAGCGGUAGGUCAGACUUCAGCUUUGCUGUGAAAGAUAUGUUUUCUGAAAGAAGUUCAGGAGGGUCUAGUCAGAACUUUUCUGAGGGAAGAAAAAAGAAUCUUAGCCGUGUCCUAAAUCAUCAGAGAAAUAACACUUAAGGUUAUAAUAGAAAUCCUUUGGCAGGAGGUAAUAUAAUCAGAGUGAACAGCAAUGAUAAGAAAAGUAGGACUCCAAGUGACAAUUCUAGUCUGUAUUAUCACCAAUAAUCUUCAAAUUUUUCAUUCCACUAACAUCUUACAACCUCUAAAGAGAUAUCUCUUAAUAUGAGGCCAACAGACAUUGUAGAUCAACGAAUAAAUAAGGAUCUUAUGAGUUAGUCAGGAUUAUAAAACUUUCAUCAGAGCGGGCACAGCCCUCCUAAGUUUGUACGAAAAUAAGCAUACGAGUACCUUUAGUCCAAGGUAGUUACUUGCACAAUUAAAGCCCUUCAUCCCAAUCAUUUAUAUAAGAAUUGA